AAGUGGAGGGGUUUGUUUUUGGUUUGGAGCAGUGACUGAAUCCUCUGGUCUUGACAAGGUUGUACAGAGUUGGGCACCAUGACAAGUGGGAAUCGACGAUGGGGUUUCAACGGGUACAAUGGGUAUGGCAAUAUGUACGGUGUUGCGCAGGCAUCUUCCGCCAGCAGCUCAGAUGAUUUUGAAGGUCGGUUCAAUUUUAAGUCAUCCUCACGCUUCCCUAAUCCACCAUCUUUCAAGAAGACACAAAAGACAUAUCCAAGCAAACAACCAAAUAGACAAAGUACAAAGAGAGGGCAACCCCCAGCACCCCCAAGACAAUAGGAUCUUCACUUUUUUUCUGUAGCUUAGGGAUAUUGAUGCACUGGCUCUCCAUUGACAGAAAGGACCAGUCCUUGCCUUGCCCAACCAUCCUAACAAUGCAGUACCACCUAAGCUGGUAAAAAAAAACAUGAAGGAAGCACUUGGCAAGGGUCCAUUUGGAGAAUUUAUGCCUGCUGUAGGCCUUUCUGGUGGAAGACAGCCAAAAAGAAACUUAUGACAAGAAUAUUUUAUAGUCUUCAUGUAUAUAUACAUUGGAGGUGCGUCAAGUCAGCAAGAGCAUAUACUACUACUAUAUUUGAAUCUUUCUAAUACUCAGAAGAAGUUCAAUUAUUUAUCUUGCAAUAUUCCGAUGAUGUGUCUUAAAAGAAGAAUCCAAGAAGAACCGAAUGCUAUGCAGGUGAUGCGGUGAAUGUAACGUUGUUCACUUAUUCUGCGACAUUCUCGGAUAGUAUACGGCUUCAUUGUAGGCCCACUGGUUCCAAACUCCCAGCAAAUCAGUAAUUGAGACCGAAGGGAACGAGUCCUAGGAGAUUUUUCAUGAAGGGUUCAAUGUGACUCAAAGUCAUCUUGCAUGAGUCCCAAUGCACAUGUGAUAUUUAACAAAUAAUCUCAUUGGUAGAUUAGUCAGUAUUGGGCACCGCCCUAGCAUGAUCUAACCAAUGUGAUGAGUUGUUCUUAAAGAUUGACUUCAAACUCAAACCUCCUGUUCAUGCUAUUGAAGUGGUGUAUUCAUGGGAAUCCACUAUUUUAGGCAUACUGUAUAACACUUUGGAAAAUGCAUACAGAUGCCAUUUUGAUAUACAUGUAAGCCUGAUGGUUGAUAUAUUUGCAAAGCCACCCAUGUAUAGAAUACUGGAACAUUCUAAUGCAAUGUAUAGGAUCUAACAAUAAUGAAAUCUGAUAGAUAUAAACUAAAGAAUGGAGGUAUAAAAUUUGUAAAAUGAAGGGGAAUAGAUAGCUCCCAAGUCCUAACACCCUUACCAAGAAUAUUCCAGGCUAUUAAUAGGGUUGCACUUCUCGGCAGGAAUACUCAACAUCUCAACCCUUCUUCUCCUACCAUAAAUAUCAGUGCAAUCCCCACCCCCACAACCAUGAAUAGGGAAGAUGAUGUAAAACCACUGACUAUCCUUUUCUUCAGCUAUAAAGCUACUUAAUUAUCAGGAAUAUAAAAGGGCUAUUUUUUUUCUGAAAAAGACACCCUCAUUAAACCAAUCCGUGUACAAAUUAUUAGGUCUUGACAAGGUUCAAAUAUUGUUUCUGCACUAAAAUAGAAUGUCACUCAAAAAAGAUUUGCUGCUUAAUUUCUAUUUUGUCUUCCAAGUAAAUGCAAAGAGUUUAAUAAUCUUUGGUUUAAACUUAACAAAAUGCUUUCUUUUGAAGGAGAUUAAAACUGAAAAUACAAGAAAGCAAAGUUAGUUCUACAUUCCUAAGAUGCCAUGAUUAUUGUGGACACACUCAAAGGCUUUUAUACACAGCUCUGGACCUGUAACACAGAGGUUUGCUAUGGAUUUUAAAUAUGAAUGAGCAAUUCUGAUUGGUUCCUGGUUAUCCAACAAUGAUCUUGAUUGGCCAUUGCUAUUUUAGCAAUUGAUGGGAAAAAAAUGUGUUUGGGAGCCCUGGUUAAAUUGAAAAAGGGGAAUCUAAUCCAAGUGGAAAGUUGGUUGAAAUGAAAAGAGAAAAUAUCAGAAAAGGAAGUUGGUGAACGUUUGAAUAAAAUUGACUCAUUAAAUGUAAACCUGUCUGGGUCAAGAAUUUUGAAGGUUAAUUUCAGGAAUUUUACAUGGUUUGACAAGAACAUGUAUUCCCUGUUUACUCCCAUGCAUAGUCUGUUAUCAUUAGACGUCAUAUUUUCAUGAGUCUGAAAUGAAAAGUGCUGCUUUUGGAAUGCCUUAUCAGGUUAUUUUGUUUUGUAAUUUUCUUGUCAUUGGGACCAGUUUACACAAAACUUACCACUGAGUGUAGGAUGAAAAAUCAAAUACAUGUCUUUACUGCGUGGAGCCGAUUUGUUGAAAAAAUUGUUGCGUUGUUGUAUAAGCUUUGUGUGUCAAACACAAUUUUAUAACUUACCCCUCUAAGUUACCAAAAGCUUGUGUUUAUGUGAGGAUUACAAAUCAUAUUUUGUUUCCUAGACCUAUUGAAAUGUUCACAUCUCGUAAGCUACAUUACAUGUAAUGUAAUAGGUAAAGACUUUAAUGUAAGAAACAGGAUUUUGGCAAAAAGGUAGCUAUAGUACAGUGUACAAACCUCAUUAUGCUGUAACAUCCAAAUCUCAUUUUGAAUGAAGCUUGCAUGAUUAAUGCAAAUGAACAAUACAGCUCACACCAUUAUGUUCCAACAUCUAUUCAGCUUGAGAUGGCGCUUAGAUGAUAGUGGUGCAUCAUAUAUAUGUGGAUAGCUUUGUACACAGAAAGUCAUUUAUCAAAUAAAGAUAAAAAGAGAAGGCAGCCAUCAAUAAAACAAAACUUGAUGGAUUUUUUUAUGAGUAAUUAAACCUUGAUGCCACAUCACAAAAUAGACCCCAAACUUUGAGUGUUAAACCUCAAUCUGGGUGCAUCCAAAGAAGUGUGAUCAAUAGAAAUUCAUAAAAAACAAAGUAUUGCAAAAAAGGUCCAAAUGGGCAUGAGAUUUGCACUCGGUGAAUGAGAGACUUUAGCCCUGAAUGUGAUAUUUCAAAUGCCCGUGGAGUAUAUUUGAAGAAUAUCAAAGUACCUCCCCCCCCCUUAUAAAGAUAUUCAAGAUCACUUUGUGUGAAGUGAUUUUGGGAUGCACAUAAAAGUUGUGGCCAAUCGUUUGAAUAUCGUUUUGAUAUUUUAGGGGUGCUACAUGUAUAUCACAGCUUUAUAUACAAAGAGAUGCAUAAUUCUUUAUAUUUUAUAAGUCAUCUCUUUGUAAAAUUACUAAAGAAAGUGAAUAUAGCAGUGUUGGAAAGAUUUGAGAUGAAAAGUAAGAAAAACAUAAAAAGCAUAGGAAGAAAACCUGGGCUUUCCAUCAAUUUCUUAAUAUUUUUUUUCUUGUAUCAGUGAGUUUGUAUGACAAUGUGUAGAUAUGAUAUUGAAUCAUUUUGUGAGUGAUUCUCAGAUCAGUCAAAGUCUGUGAUCUGGUCCCUGUCUUACAAAGAAUUACUAUUGAUCCAAUCAAUCCCAGGUAUAUGGAAAUCCAUCAAUAUCAUAUUUUUUUCUUUAGGAAUUUUGCUCAAUGUCCUUUGAAAACAAAGAGAACCAUAGUGAAUUGUCAAGAAAACAGUUAAUGUAUGAACAUACGUCAUUUCUAGAAAAUAUUUUGAACAGACAUGUAUUUUAGAUGUUGACGUUGCUGGCUUUCCAUAGUUGCGCUUGAUCAGAUUAAUCAUAACUCUUUGUAAGACGAGGCCCUUGCUUUAUGCUAUUCUCCAUCAUUUGAAGAAUUAAAAAAAAUUAAAAAGAUUGAAUUUUUUAUGAUUGUAUUUUUUCUAAGAAAAUAUUUAGUAUAUUAAUGUUCCUUUUUGGAAGGAAUAGCAUGUUGCAUAAUAAUGUUUGUAAUUGUAACAUUAUGAGAUACAUGUAAUGUAGUGCACACAUUUUUUUCUCAAUUUUUGUGAUAUUUUUUAUUUCAUUUUUACUUGUAGCUCCCCCUUUCUGUCUUUUUCUAAUAUAGAUUAUUAUCCAAAUUUCAGAUUAUUAUAUUAUAGGGUUUAUCUUCCAAGCACAGUACAAGGCCAUUUAGCAUGCAAGGUCAAUGACUUUGUGAUUUAUUUAACUUUCCAUGUAUAUAAUUGAAGUACAGGCCUUUCACAAUUAAUAGUUAGUUGUAUUUUACCCCAAAAUUAAAGUCCUACUUAAAAAUAUAUAUAUUCAGUUCUCCUUCAGCCCAGGAUACUUUGUAUGUUAUGUGCAAAAUGGAAAACCCCAACAUAAAACGUGAGGAUUUAGAGGUACCAGAAAGCAUAUAGGCCCAUCUAUUUAAUUUGGUGACAAGCAUUCAACUGGCUAUGAGCAAGAUCUUAAAAUCAUUCCAACACCUGUUUGUGAGUCACUGUAUAAUAUGUCUUUUUUAUUAUAGAUCAAUAAUUAUAAUAAUAAUUCUACUGCAAGAAUAUGAUAUUACUUUGUAAUAAGGCAAAUAUGUGUAUGGACACAGAAUACGAAUAGCCUUAUGAAUUAAGUAACAAAUAGACUUGAGCAGUAAUGUAUAGUUUCUGACGACUUACAGUAAGUUGUUGCAUGAAAGUCCUAAAUUCACCUCUAAAAGUAAGAGGUUUUUAUUAAUUUCCUGGUAAUUGUUCCUAAUUUUCAAUAUGCAGAUAUUCAGACCCAAUAUAACUCUGAUAAUCCAUAGAUGAUGAAGUAUUAUAUAUCAUUUGGUCUUGCGAAGAGACAAGAGUUUUAAUGGCACUAUCAUAAAGUCCUUCAACGCAAGGAAUAAUGAACCAUAUUAUACCAGUAAUUUUGUCUUUGUUAUUUUUCUGAUUUCGUUUGAGGUAAUUUCUCAGCCCUUGGAGGGUGAAUAAUGUUCUACUAAUUUAUCAAAUAUGGAUACACAGAAAUAAAAUUAGAAAAUACUAUUAACCCAGAUCCAUUUUGGAUCAUGUUUGUAUGUAGCAAUUGUGUACGCCUUUGUAUUUUUUACUGUUCAAUUAUAUUUUUUGUAAGGUCAUUCGUUGUGAGGAAUGAGUUGCAAUACUGAGAAAUUUAUGAUGAAAAAUAUUUUGUACCAAAAAAUAUGAGAAAUUAGAAAUCUUUGUAAAUUGUUGUGUAUCAAAUCCUUACUGUUUAUUUAACCUCACGUUUUUGUAAAGAAUUUACUAACCAUAGAUAUGUCCUUGUAUUAUGAGUUGCUCUAUAUGAAAGAUUUAAUGACAUAAAUUUUUUAUUUAAAUUCUCUCAUUUUCGUGCAUAUGUAUAAUUGAAUUUCUAUCAUGUACAUGUAUGUAAUGAAAACAUGUGCAGGAGAUUGUUUUAUAUCAAUUUCCUUUGCUUCAUUUAGAAAAGGUGUACAUUAUAAAUAUAUAUAUAUAAAACUUUCUUCAUCUAGUUAUUAUUAUGUUUGGGGUAUAAAAAGAUAAUAAAAAAUGGUUAUGAUUCUUG